AAACAUUCAUUACUUUACAAUUAAAGCCAACUUUUCACCACUGGUUUUAUCGAUCGGAAUCAUAAUCUGCGGAAUUGUUUUCAUAAUUGCCUCAACAAUAAUAAUAAUCCUAUGGUUUAGGCAUAAGAUUAGAUUCUCAGACCUGAAAAUAGGUCAGACCUUAUCGGUUGACGUAAACAAUGGAAAGACAAACCCUAUGGCCAUCGGUUCGGGCAGUUCUGGCAGUUCUCGCACCGACUCCGACAUCAAGAUGGAGGUCAGAACCGCCAGCUCUCUGUCCCAACAGUGGGACGACACCGACCAACAGUCCAAUGGACACAAUGAGCCCAAAGAUAUAACACAAGUGUUGAAUAAUAUUUAUAACAAGACAAACAGUUCGUCACAGGCUUUUGUCUUUCCAAGCGUUCAGAAUGGAAACGGUUUUAUCCCGACUUAUGUGGACUACAGCCACGACUACCUUCUGGUGCCGUCAGCACAACUGCCAUCCAAUCACAACAGCCUAUCGCCAAACCAUACCCAACAC